AUGCGCUCGUUCUUCCUUCUGGCCGCAGCCGGCCUCGCCUCCUCCCUGUCUGUGGACGACCUCUACCUCGAAAACGCGCCCUCCUCGCCGCGUCCGUAUAUCAUCCCUCACUAUGCCGACUCGCACUCCGUCUACGUCGGAAGCCAGGUCUACCGGUUCCCCGUGACCGGUCCGUCGUCAGACUAUGCAUUCACGCUGAUGAGCACGAAUGCGCCCGCGAGCGGGUCGCUGGGUGUGCUCCCGCAUAUCCACCAGGCGCAUUAUGAGAACUUCUUCAACUUCAAGGGGCGGUUCCAGCUGUGGGCGCAGAAGGAUGAUGCCGAGCAGCAGGGAAGACUGUUGACGCAGGGUGACUAUGGCUCUGUGCCGAGGAAUACCACGCAUACGUUCCAGAUUUUGGAUCCGGAUACGGAGAUGGUUGGCGUUGUUGUGCCGGGUGGAUUUGAGGACCUCUUCUACACUCUCGGCCAGAACUUCACCUCCUCCACAAACACCCCCUACACCCCCGCCGCCAUCAACGAGUCCUCCCCCAACGCCAACGCCAUCUCCAGCCUACAAAAAUUCGACGUCUACGCGAAACUAGACUUCAACCCCCGUCGCGAUUUCGCCAACGGCUCCGCCCCAUCCAGCAACUGGCACGAACAGUCCAACUCACUCGGCACCCCGGAAAAGCCGUACUUCAUCGCCAACAACUACGGACCCAAGUACCUCAACACCCAGCACGGGGCGUACCAGAUCGUGCAGCCGCUGGUCUCGCCGUCGCAGUCACAGGAUGUGAACUUUACCAUGUCGACUAUUCUGAUAAACCGCCCGCGCAACGGUGCGAGUGGUGCGACUGUGCCGACGUGGAAGGGCCCCGGGGCGGCGGCGUUUGAGGUGCUGGAGGGGUCGUUGAAGAUUCAGAUUGGGGAGUAUCCUGUUGCGACGCUGAGUUCGGGGGACGUUACGUUUAUUCCGAAGAAGACGGAGUAUAAGUAUUGGACUGAGGGGGCUGUUGCUAAGGUGUUGUAUGUGAGUAGCGGGAAGGAGGGCGUUGACCAGCGGUUAAUUCGGGAUGGGAAGAAGUGGGAGUAUGUUGCGUUCCCUAGGCAUUAA